AAAUCAUUUCGUAACUUCUCAAGACACAGAGCAGACGUCUCUUGUGUUACAUAAAAUAUAGUAAAGUGCAUUUUUUAAGAAGUGAACAAAAAUAUGUUGGCGGUUAAAACUUUGAUAAUUUUUGCCUUGAUGGCCUGUGUUCUGUCGGAGACCAUUAAUUUCAAGCCCUGUGCUGUCAACGAUUGUGAUAUUUCCGAAGUAAAUGUGGAACCCUGUGCCAGAGACAAUCCAAAUGCUAUGUGCAAGUUGAGACGUCGCAAACCCUCUAAAAUGGAAUUCACUUUUACACCUAACUUUGAUGCUGACACCUUAGAGGCCAGUUUGGUUAAUGUUAAAGAUGGUGGCAAUGAAUUGCCUUUGGUUACUAUGGACAAAGAUGCUUGCAAAUACACUAAGUGCCCUGUAAAGAGCGGUGAGAGUCAAACUUAUUCGGUCAACAUUCCCAUCGAAAACAAAUUCCCCUUGGGCACCUACAGCAUUAAAUGGAACUUCAAGGCCCCCAGCGGUAAACAAUGCUGUUUUACACAUGACAUUAAAUUAAUUCGUUAAGUGUUUCGGAUAUCUCUUGAAAUAAAUGUUUUAUUUUUAUUUUACUUUAAUUGAUGUGAUUUAUAUAAACUCGUGUUAGAUUAUUUAGAAAUGGAAAUAAAAAUAAUUAAAAUGUAAAAAAGUAAA